AAUCAAAGAAAAUUCCACAAAAAUUAGUAGCUACUCGUCAAUGUGGUGUUAAAAAUUUUGUGCAAAUUUUCUAAAACAACCUAAAGGAAAUUCCAUUAAAUUCCAUUAGCAUGUCUGCAGACAAAGAAUUACCAAAAAUUAAAUACGCCGAACAAGCACCAAAACUUGAUAAAGCCCAGCUGGAAUUUAUGAAAUUGAUCGAACAACAAAACUUGGAAAGAGUUACAAAAUUGCAACGCGUUAAACGUAAUAAUCUAAUAACGGCCGGUGUUUUGGUUAGCUCGGUGUUGGGCAUAUAUGCCUAUUCCAUAUUGUCUGUGAAACAAGAGAAAUUCUUGGAUGACUUUGAUGAGCCUGCAAAAGUCAACAAUUAAAAGGGAAAUUAUACUAUUUUCACACUAUAUUUAAGAUUUGUUAAGAUUAAAAACGAACAAAAUUGUUGUAUAAUAAGCUUUAGAUAAACAAAACCCAAAGGAUUUUAGAGGAUUGAUAUAAAACGCAAAUAACCGAAAUUGAGUAAAAUGUCCGAGGCAGCUGUACGUGUUCUUAAGUCUGGCAUGCGUUUGCCCCCUUUACCUACUUUAAGAGAUCUGGUGAAAUUAUAUAAAUUACAAGCCUUAAAACAAUUAUCACAAAAUUUCUUAAUGGAUGAGCGCAUAACAGAUAAAAUUGUUAAAAGUGCCGGGCGCAUAGAUCCGCGUGAUACAGUUUUAGAAGUUGGCCCCGGCCCUGGCGGCAUAACACGUUCUAUAUUAAGAAGACAACCUCAACGUUUAGUGCUAGUAGAGAAAGAUGCUCGCUUUUUGCCCACUUUAGAACUCUUACGCGAUUGUGCUAAACCUUUAAAUUUACAAGUUGAUAUAUUUGUUGAUGAUAUUUUACGUUUUGAUAUUGAACAGCAUCUGCCCGACACAUCACAUCGUUUACAUUUAAUAGGCAAUUUACCAUUUGCCAUCUCCACUAGAUUGCUUAUCAAUUGGUUUGAGGAUUUGUCGUUAAGGCGCAAAGCUUUUCGUCGCAAUGACACCUGCAUGACUUUAACUUUUCAGAAAGAGGUGGCUGAUCGUAUUUGUGCUCCUUUGGGGCACGAACAAAGAUGUCGUCUUUCUAUAAUGUCACAAAUUUGGACACAACCUAUACUCAAAUUUACCAUACCGGGUAAAGCGUUUGUGCCCAAACCAGAAGUCGAUGUGGGUGUGGUAAAACUAGUGCCUCUCAAACAGCCCAAAACUGAUUUGCCCUUUGCUUUGGUGGAAAAGGUAGUAAGACAUAUUUUUAAUAUGCGCCAAAAAUACUGUCGUCGCGGUUAUGGCACCCUUUUUCCUCCCGAGCAACGUGAUGAAAUGUGUUUUGAAAUGUUCAAACAGGCAGAUGUGGAAGAUACACUAAGACCUUUCCAACUCUCCGUAGAUGAGUGCAUACGUUUGGCCACUGUUUAUAAAGAAUGUAUUGAUAAAAAUCCCGAUAUAGCUGCUUAUGAUUUUCGUGCCCCUAAAAAUCUUUCCCAAGAAAUUAAUGCUUAAGGUGAACUGUUAUUAUGGCAACAAUUUAUUCGUUUUGUUUUAAUUUUUUUUUGUUUAAUAAAAUAUAAUCUUUAUUUGUAUAAAA